AUGGGCCUGGCGCACAAACGGAUUCUGGGUGGUGUUGCCAAGAAGAGAAUGAAGCUUUACGAGCUAAUGGCGGCGGCGGCGGCGGGGGGUGCGGGCAGGGGGCCUCCGGGCAGCUGGGGCAAGUGGGUGCGGCUGAACGUGGGCGGCACCGUCUUCCUGACCACCCGGCAGACCCUCUGUCGGGAGCAGAAGUCUUUUCUCAGCCGCCUCUGCCAGGGCGAGGAGCUGCAGUCCGACCGGGAUGAGACUGGAGCUUACCUUAUCGACCGGGAUCCCGCCUACUUUGGGCCCAUCCUGAACUUCCUCCGUCAUGGCAAGCUGGUGUUGGAUAAAGACAUGGCCGAAGAAGGGGUCCUGGAGGAAGCUGAGUUCUACAACAUCGGCCCUUUGAUCAGGAUCAUCAAGGACAGGCUGGAGGAGAAAGACUACACCGUGGCCCAGGUGCCUCCGAAGCACGUGUACCGGGUGUUGCAGUGUCAAGAGGAAGAGCUCACCCAGAUGGUGUCCACCAUGUCCGACGGCUGGCGCUUCGAGCAGCUGGUGAACAUCGGGUCUUCUUACAACUACGGAAACGAGGACCAGGCCGAAUUCCUGUGCGUGGUCUCGAAGGAGCUGUGCAACUCCCCCAACGGUCUGGGGUCAGAGCCCAGCCGCAAGGCUCAGAGUGCGGAGGAGGAGCUGGAGGAGGAAGAGCAGCAGGAGGAGGAGGAGGAGGAGGAGGAGGAGGAGGAGGUGGUGGAGGUGGAGCAAGUGCAGGUGGAGGCGGAAGAGAAAGGUGCAGAAAAUCCCUGAGGAAAAUGAUAAUAAUAAAAGUCCGAGCGUAAAA